CUCCAAGAAGGAUUGUGUGAAGCUAACAAAGUCCAUGUCCAGGUCCUUCCUCUCCGUCCCUCCCAGAGAAAGUCUAAUCCCGUUAGCUGUGUUUUCUCAUGGAUAAUCCCUCCACUUCCCACUUGGCCGUCCUUCAGCUUCAGCCUCUGUCUGGGAUGAACGUCUUCUGCUGAACAAUACAGCAUGUUUAGCUGGGUGAUAAAGGUUGUUCCCCAGCCUCCAGCAUCUCCUGGGAAACUGGCAGAGGAGGACCAGACCCAUGCUUCCACUGCAGCACCAGCGACUGAUGUGACAAAAAAAGAGGAAGUAAAGCAAGAACCUUCCAAGCCAACGGAGGAGGUCUCGGAGGAAAACAGCUCUCAGAGUGGGGUUUUAAGUUGGCUCUCUCAUGGGUUCAGCAAUGCUCUCCCUCAGCCGGUGAACUCCUCUAAACUGGCCAACAGUGAAGUUAAGCAUGAGGGAAAUGCAGUGAGCAACAGUAACACAUCGGACCAGGCUGGAAUGAUUGGUUGGAUUGUGCAGGGACUGGGGAAAGUUGUUCCACAGCCAGAUGAGAAAUACAAGGGUCACACAGAGCCAGAGGAGGUCACUGAGCCUGCCAUUCCAGUGGUUAAAGUGGAUCCUCCAGUGCAAGAGGUCAAAGAUGUUCGUGAUGCUGAGCCGCUGCCUCAUAUUCCUGUGGUGGAGGUUGUGUCUGAUGAGGAGCCAGACGCUGCUAAUGUGCCCUUCUCUCCCAGGGUAAUAGAAUGGAUUAAGCAUGGUUUUGAGAAGGUAGUUCCUCAUUCUCCUGCCCAUCUUCGUCCUCCUGCUACUACAGAGGCACCUGCUCAGAAGGCUGCUUCUGCUCCUGUGACUCCAUGUAAACAAGAGCCAGCACCUGCACCUGCACCAACGCCUGCUCCUGCACCUCCGCCUCCACCUGCGCCAGCGCCAGCACCAGCACCAGCACCUCCACCUGCACCUGCAGCCCCACCUGCACCUGAAUCUGCACCUGCAGCUCCUGAGCAACCUCAAGUAGCUGAGGAUUCCAAAGGCACCAAAAUGGUUGGUUGGAUUGUACAGGGGCUCGGACGCAUCAUACCACAACCAGUACUGAAAUCAAAAGGGGACAGCUCUGAUAUCGUUCAAAACGUCUGCAUCAUGCAGGACCCGUGUGAUAUGGUGCUGGAGGAGGUUGACUCAGAAUGGGAGGCCCAACAGAGGGAGCAGGCCUUGGAGCAGGACGUCCAAGUGCCGCAGGAGGGCUCUUCCCUGCUCCAGGUGCUGCCCAAUAUCCUGCCUCACGUGCUGGCAAUGCAAGAGCAGGAGGAUGCAGAGACCCAGACCGAACGCUGGACUCCUCUUAUCGAGAGCAUCAAGAAGGAAGCGGAGGAAACUGCCAUUGCAAACAUAGAGGAGAGACUGCAGCAGGAGCGUGUGGAAGCGGCUCGUAUGGCGGAGGAUUUGGCUCGGCAGGCUGCAGAAUUGGCCGUAAGACAACUGGAAGAAGAGCACACCACACAGAUCAUCAUCGACACGAAAACCGAAGAGCCGGACAAUGAGGAUCAACUGCCAAAUAUCCAGGAGGAAGAGAAUGAAGAAGAUCCAGAGUUACAGCCACUCCAUGAAGAGAGUGAGGAGGAGAAUGAGGAUAGUAAGAUCACAGAUGCCGACAUGAAAAGGAGCCUGGUGGACGUCUGCCCGGCGGAGCCCUCGCCGCACCAGUCUGAGGUUUCAGAUCAGGCAGUACACGCAGAUCCGGUCUCACCACCUGUGACCACUCAGCCUGAGCGCGCCACAUUUUUACCUCCUGAUGCUGACCAGGAAGAGGAACCUCCUGAAGAAGGAUGUGGAGAAAGCACCCAUGUGAAGCCAGCACUGAAGGUAGAAGAAGUGGAAGAUGACGAGAUGACCGUUCCCAAAAUCAUUGUCCCCUCAGGGAUAGAUUCAAUGACCCUCACUGUUCCCGUACCAAAUCUGAUGUCCCGCAGCAAAGCUGUGGAUUUAGAAAUGCAGGAGGAUAUGGCUCCUGGUGAGGAAAAUGAAGACAGCCUAAUGAACCCGAACAAGUCUGAUCUACUUACUGUGGAUGAAGGCCUUGAGCGUCCGGCCUCUGCGGCCAGUCAGACAAGCAUUGUUGUGAAUGAGCGUCUCCAGGAGCUGGUCAAGCUGUUUAAAGAGCGAACAGACCGUGCAAGAGACAGACUGGUCGAUCCAGACGAGUCUGAUGAUGAAAGCCCUUCGGCCUCUCCAGCCAAAAAGCCUGGUGAAGCUCCACCUCCACCGCCUCCUCCAGAGGAAAAGAAAGACGAUGAGGAGAAGGCUGAGGAGGAGGUGAAAAUCUAUGAGUUUAUGGGAUACAAAUUCCCAGUUCCGCAGUUCAAAAUGCCCCAGAUUCCUGACUGGCUGAGAGUCAUACUGGAGUACCGUUUCCCGUCCAGCAUUGAUCCCUAUACAGACUUGAUCUACGUGGUGUGGCUGUUCUUUGUGUCAGUCGCAUGGAACUGGAAUGUUUGGCUGAUCCCUGUGCGCUGCACUUUUCCGUACCAGACGACUGAGAACAUUCACUGGUGGCUGCUGAUGGACUACUUCUGUGACGGCAUUUAUCUUCUCGACAUCUUCGUUAUGCAGCCCAGACUGCAGUUUGUGAGAGGAGGGGACAUUGUGUGUGACAAAAAAGAAAUGAGAGACAACUACAGGCGAACAGAGCGAUUCAAGAUGGAUGUGAUCAGUCUCUUUCCAUUGGAUGUCCUGUACGUCUUCACAGGCGUUAAAUCGCUCUUGAGGUUUCCUCGCCUUCUAAAGUACAAUGCAUUCUUUGAGUUUAAUGAUCGUCUGGAAGCUGUGAUGAGCAAAGCCUACAUUUACAGGGUGAUCCGGACAAGUGCAUACCUGCUGUACUCUCUGCAUUGCAAUGCCUGUAUUUUCUAUUGGGGUUCUGACUAUGAAGGACUGGGUUCGACCAAAUGGGUCUAUAAUGGCAAAGGAAACAGUUAUAUUCGCUGCUACUACUUUGCUGUGAAGACUCUGAUCACCAUCGGAGGUUUGCCUGAUCCUACCACUGUCUUUGAAAUCGUCUUCCAAUUGGUCAACUACUUUGUGGGAGUCUUUGCUUUCUCUAUCAUGAUUGGUCAGAUGAGAGACGUAGUUGGAGCCGCCACUGCAGGUGAGGCCUAUUACAGACACUGUGUGGACAGCACAGUCAAAUACAUGAGCUCCUACAGGAUCCCCCGUGAGGUCCAGAACCGCGUCAAGAUCUGGUACGACUACACCUGGAAGUCACAAGGCAUGCUGGAUGAACAAGAGUUACUUAUCCAGCUGCCAGAUAAGAUGCGUUUAGACAUCGCUGCAGAUGUCAACUACAGCAUUGUCAGUAAGGUGGCACUCUUUCAGGGAUGUGACAGACAGAUGAUAUUUGACAUGCUCAAGAUGCUGAAAUCUGUAGUGUAUCUUCCAGGAGACUUUGUUUGUAAAAAAGGUGAGAUCGGCCGAGAGAUGUACAUCAUCAAAGCUGGAGAGGUGCAGGUGGUUGGAGGGCCUGAUGGGACGACGGUGUUUGUGACUUUGAGAGCUGGCUCUGUGUUUGGGGAAAUUAGUUUGCUUGCGGGUGGUGGCGGGAACCGACGAACAGCUAACGUAAAGGCCCAUGGUUUUGCUAACCUCUUCAUCCUGGAUAAGAAGGAUCUGGCAGAGAUCUUAGUGCACUACCCCGAGUCUCAGAAGCUACUGCGCAAGAAGGCCAAGAAAAUGUUGACCAAAGAUAAGAAGCCUGCAGAUGAGAAGGGCCAGGCUAAAGAGACGGGUGAGGUCAUCCCUCAGCGUCCGGAGACACCCAAACUAUACAAGGCUGCGCUGGAGGUUGCCACAGGACAAACAUUUGCCAAACUGAAGGAGGCAUAUAAGGGAGCAACUCUAGAGCCGUCCACCUCCGGCAGGACCUCCACAGCUCCAGUGCCCCCUCCCUCACCCGUGCACCGCCGUUCACCCAUUCCCAGGCCUCGCGUCCCAGAUGAAGAUGACAUGGUAUCAGAGACCACCGACAGCACCAUGAUCAUCCGCAUGACUCCCCGCAUUGAGGGAGAGGAGAUCCUUUCCGUGGAAGUCAGUCCCGGAGAGGGAGAAGAGAUGGAGACAGAAGAGCCCAGCAAAACUGAAGAUGAGUGAAAGAAAGGAAGAGGGCAAGGACGAAGUCCAGAGUAGAGGCAGGGUAGAAAGCUUGAAGAAAUGCUCAGUGCAUACAACCCUCAUCGUGCUUUCUGUACUAGCGUCUGGGUGAAAGUCCUACACAUGCUUUUCAACCAGGUCAAGCCAAACAGCUUUUCAAGCCCUUGGAGUAUCUUUAGGCACCUUUUUAACUGUUAGUAUAUAAACUUUCAAUUGUUUUUCUAGUAAACAUUUCAUAAAACGAACGUUUUGAGGUAUUUAAACAUAAACUGAAAAGUAUACACAAUAUCUGAAGCACUUCCAUUUGCCUAGAGGCUCUCUAGAGGUGAAAAGUAUUUACUUUUUACAAUGGCACUGCUGUCUAAGGGUGUGUUUACACUUAUAGUUCGGUUCUCCUGGAUCUUUUGGUCUGGUUAAAAUAAGUAAAUGAUACAUUUAGCUCUGGAUCACUUCUGGAACACUGUUCAGAUGUUGUUUAGAUGUCUUUGGUCCACGUUUGUUCACAUUUCAGUUAAACCGCAACAGAGCUUGCUUGGAGGUGAAUCAAUACCCAUCUUUCCAUGGGGUCAUCAAGGUUCAAAUAUCAGCGUUCACACUUGUUAAAAUAAACAGCACUAACAACAAUUGCACCAGAGUUUGUUUUAACAAAGUAAAUAGUUUAAUCAUGCUAAAAAAUUAUUAUUUGAAGGUGAAGUGAGGAUCGGGGGUGUUCCAGAAGGAAGAGUUAACUCAACCCUCAACUCAACUUGGUGAUUAACUUAAAUCUUUCUUACUCAAAGUGCAACAAACUUAUUUAGUGCAUAUCACCACCUAUUGGGAGGUUGUGCAAUAUUUUUUAAUACUUUUUUUAUUAUUACUGUGAAAGAAAAUUGUAUUGUUUGUUUAAAGCUAGUUUUAUGAGUUAAGAAAUACUAAUUGAACUAAAAACUAAUAAUUAUAAAAAAUCAAAAAUGGCUGUAUAAGUUUAUUUAUUUUGCUUCCACAUCUGUUGUGAGGUGAGAUCACAUGUUUUUGGUCACACUUUAGUUUGAGGAUCAAAUUUUACUAUUAACUUUUGUGUCAAUAAACUCCUAAUAAAGUUUAGAUAUUGGGCAGGGUUAAAUGAUCUAAAAUAUGGUCAUACAAAAUAAGGCAUUAAUAUGUGCUGAAUGUUCAAAGAAAAAGUUACCUCAGUUAUAUGGAACCGAAAGUAGAAGAUAUCUCUUUGCUUAUCAAUAAACUUACCCUGGUAUGUGGCAUAACCUGCUUUCUGGAAUACCCCCCUGAUCCUCAACAUUUACUGAACACUCCCUCAACUGCCAUUGGCCAGAUAAUCGCCUAGCCCCGCCUCAAACUCACACCAUUGGUUGAGCCAGUGUGGCUGAGAGAGUAAUGUUCCAAUAGCUCCACAGUGUUUACAUAUUUCACUGGAAUCAACCUGUUGGCUCACCCAUAGUUUUAACAUAUUUUAACAUUGAAAAAUGACACACAUCACCUUUAACUUCCCUUUAAGGCCAUCGAUAGAUGUUCAGGACUGAAGGGUCAGAACUCCCUGUGUAAUGGAAAGUAAUCUUGAGUAUUUUCCACAGCACAUGCUGCUCUAAUUCCAAGACUGCCUGCUGCUCUGCAUCUUAUUCCAACAUCCUGUCUCUUAUUGCCUUAGUGGAUCCCUCUGUACAGAUUUACACACACAAGCAUGUUGCUAUGACCAUGUACAGUUAUUUUUAGUCAAACUAAACAUGUUAAUAGAGUAGUUCACCCAAAAAUGAAAACUCUGUUGUUCCGAACUCUUCUGUGGAACACUAAUGUAGUUUAAAAUAUUGUAAUUAUUUAAUACAUUGAAAUAUUAAAAUAUUUUGAGAAGUG